AUGUUAUUACAUCAAAAUUUACGAAAGGAGGGUAAUAACAUCUUUUUUUAUUUAAAUAAACAAAAUGGUAAAAAUAUUUUUAGAAGAUAUGUUGCAUCUCAACCUUUAGGAAUAAAUAUACCUGACCCACCUCCAAGAGAAUAUUUACCAAAUGGUGAACCCAAAACAUAUAGAUUAAAUCAAAGAUAUUAUAAUCAUAAGUACGAUUGGGAAAGAUGGACAUUAAGACCAGCAGGAGUUUUUCAUACUUAUGUCUAUGGAGAAUUUGCAAAAGAUCAUAAACCUUUAUUAGCAUGGUUACUUCAGUAUCCAAUUCCUUUAGCGUUCAUUCCUUAUUUUUUAUUUGCCUUUGGAUUAUCUUUUGCAUUUCACCAUAUUUCAUACCUUGGUAUAAAACCCAAAAGAUUUACAGUAGAAUGGGUAGAAGCUAAUAAGGAAAGAGAAAGAGCAGAAAAUACUAACCCAAUUACAAGAUAUCUUGAUAGAAGACGAAAGGAAAGAGGACCCCAUUGGAUACUCGAGGACUUUCUACCAAGUCAUCCAUGUUAUUUACAUAUGAGUAAAUAUCAUCACGAUACAGAACUUCUACGGAAAAUGGAAGAAGAAGCUGCAGAAAAAGAAGCAGAAAGUGAAGAGCAAGAGGAAGAAGAAGAUAUAACUGAAUCGGAGGAUGACGACAAUUAA